GAACACAAUUUUGUUGAAACUGCGAAUUAAAAUCGCAAGAUGGUCCUUGUGGUUUGUUUUUGUUGACAACAUCAUGGUGGAUUUUGCAUUUUUUCUUUAAAGGACAGCAAGCAUGGCCAUCCCUAUCGCAAUCCUGGACUGUGAUCUGCUCCUACAUGGACGAGGACAUAAGACACUGGACCGCUUUGACCUGUACUCAGUGUCAGAUAACUUCCUCCUUACACAGUUUGGCUUCCCCAGAGAGUUUAUUUUGUAUCUGGUGGAGUUACUAAGAGAGAGUCUGUGCAGACCUACCCAGAGAUCCAGAGCCAUCAGCCCUGAUGUCCAGGUUUUAGCUGCUUUGGGGUUUUACACAUCAGGAUCCUUCCAGACAUCCAUGGGAGACACUAUAGGGAUCAGCCAGGCGUCGAUGUCCAGAUGUGUUUCUAAUGUGACCAGAGCCCUGGUGGAGAAAGCUCCACAGUUUAUCACAUUCAUCAGAGAUACAUCCAGCACUGAUCUGUCCUUUCAGGAGUUUCAGAGGGUGGCAGGAUUCCCCGGAGUUCUGGGGGUUCUGGAUUGUGUUCAGGUGGCCAUCAAAGCUCCCAAUAGUGAAGACUCGUCGUAUGUGAACAGGAAGGGCUUCCACUCUGUCGGUUGUCAGCUGGUCUGCAACGCCAGAGGUUUAUUACUCAGCGCCGAAACCUACUGGCCUGGUGGGCUUAAAGAUACAGAAGUUCUCCAACAAUCUGCUCUGUACAAACUGCUGCAGGACACGGAGGAGGGCUGGCUGCUUGGUGACCGCCGUUACCCUCUCAAGAAGUGGUUGAUGACGCCGGUGGACUUCCCGGAAUCCCCCGCAGAGUUUCGAUAUAAUAUGGCCCACGCAGCAACUCAUGAAAUUGUAGACAGAACCUUCAGAGCCAUCCAGACAAGAUUUAGAUGUUUAGACGGCACCAAAGGAUACCUACAGUAUUCUCCAGAGAGGAGCUCGUCCAUCCUCCUGGCCUGCUGCGUUCUCCACAAUGCCUCCCUGCAGUCCGGAUUAGACGCCUGGACCCUGGAGAGGACAGACCCUCUGGAGCAGCCCGAGAGUCUGGACCAGAGACCCGAGGACCGUGACAGCCGGGCCGAAGAGCUCCGUAAAGAGCUCAUAUUCAAACACUUCAGCUGAAACACCGUCAAGGAUUGAAUCCAGUAUUCCAAAGGGGAUCAAGAACAAGUCGGAGACAGUGUUGCUGAUGCAGUUUUUUAAUAUUUUGCUGGUUUCUACUCUACUGACUACACUAAGAUACAUAGUUAUAUAUGGAGGAACAUGCAAGACGCUAUACAACAAACCAAGACGACGCUUUACCUGAACACAUUUCAAACAACUGACCCCAGGAGCGCAUGAUUAUUCUCCGGGACAUUCAAACAUUUUCCACAUACGACUGGAAAGGUCAGAAUAAUCAAGCCCCUCCUGGUCUUUCACAGCUCUUUAAACUGUAUUCAGCUGCUGUGUUGUCCAGGUUUCUUUACAAGUGGAAAAAACCCCUUUGAAUCCUCCCCUUCUCUUUUAAUUUUUUUUCUUUUUUUUUCUAAUCUUUCUCCCCUCCCGUUUCCAGUUCCCACAUGAUUCCACAGGAUAAAAUCUUGGAAUAUGUCACAAUACAAAAACAAGGCCCUUAUUUACAACAACUACACAUUAAGUUGUCAUUAUUUAUGUACAUUGGUCCUUUGGGGUGAAAAUGACAGGAUGUUUGUGAAAUGGGCUGCAGUCACAUGAUGAAGAAAAGAAGAAGUACUAACAUUUAGAACAGUUUUGGGGAGCAGUGAUCUUUUCUCAUGUGAUCAGAAUAGUGGUAAAGAAAUAAAGACUUUUUUUUAUGUAAAUGAGUUCCUGCAAAUUUGAAGAUCA